UUGUCAAGUGUUCGUCGAGGACACUCAAAAACUACAACGUUUGCCCUUCGUCCUUCAUAAACGAUCUCUUAUAUUUUCUUCACAAAAUCCCCUGUGUUAACAAAUAUUUUCUAUAUUUUAGGAAAAAAAAAUCAGUUUUAAUUAAGUGAUUGUAUUUUAGUUAAAAUAUUAAAUAUUUGGAAAAAAAGUGAUUCGAGUGUUGGAUUAUUAAUUAUAUUCGAUAUAUAUAUAGUGCUAUUACAGUGAUUGCGAGGAAAGUGGUUUUUUUUCUUUUGAAGAAAAAAAAGUGCUGUUAGUUGGAUAUAUAUAAUAUGUACUGACAAAAAUAAUUGAUAGGAGGAUAUUUGUAAUAAUGGACCUUCUGAAAAUGGCGGACAAAAAUAAAAUAGUGCCAUGGUGGUUACCCUAUCAACUUAAUCAUGUUUGGUAUAGUCAACAGCUUCUUAAAUCAAGAUUGUUACAAGAAAGUAUAAAAAUGCCUCCAAGAACUGGAUUCCAUAUUAGUGAUAUUUUAGGAUCAAAUGACACGAAACCAGCGCCGGAAGAAACCGAUGUACAAAAUGGAACGACGGUUUUAUCAUCAGUAAACGAAAUACCUUUUGCCUAUCAACAACUUUUGGAUGCGGCAAUGCUUCAUCCGUCGGUUCCAGUUCAUGGGACCAAUUUUAAUAUAAACAGGGUGUCUGGACCAACGGCUCCUGGAGCUCCUGCUGGAGGUUUAUUGGGAUGCUGGCAUAAUCCAGUUGUUCCAAAUUUACCUUCAUCUUUACCUCAAUCAAUGGACGAAGUCGGUGCUCUUCAACAACCAGACUCGACAAGUCCAACAAUUUCUGAUCUCUCCUAUCCUAGUCAACGGGAAAAUAAUAAUCUUCCUGAAUGCAAAGAAGAAGAUGAACUUCAAGAAGAGGAACUUCUUGAUGAUGACGAUGACGACGAUGAUGACGACGAUGAAAGUCGUGAGGAGAAGAAAAAAAAUAAAGAUUUAUUGGACGAUUCAAAAAUGAAAAGUCCACGUCAACGUCGUUCACAAGAAAUGGCUGAGGAGGAAGCUGAGCAUAAAAAGAGAAAAAGACGUGUUCUAUUUUCAAAAGCACAAACAUACGAAUUGGAAAGAAGAUUUCGACAACAGAGAUAUCUUAGUGCACCUGAGAGAGAACAUUUAGCAUCGAUUAUUCGUCUAACGCCAACGCAAGUGAAAAUAUGGUUUCAAAAUCAUAGGUACAAGACGAAAAGAGCAGCAACCGAGAGAGUUGAAGCGGCUGGUAAUCGUUUGGAUUGUUCACCAAGAAGAGUGGCUGUUCCAGUUUUAGUAAGGGAUGGAAAACCAUGUCAAUCAAAACUUCUUGAACCAUGUUCGGCUGCAGCUGCAGUGGCGGCCGCUGCUGCGUCAGCCAAUGCUGCAGCAGUUUAUGCCACGCCAAAUGGUUUGCCAAUGCAUUCUUAUAUGCAUCGAUGGUGGUAGUAUAGUUGUUGUUGUUUCAGGAUUGUGAUAAAAAUGUGGAAUAAGAAGACAGUAUGAUUAUUUAAAUACUAAUACCGACCAAAUGUUUUCUUAUUAUUGAGAAACUUAAAUUCAAUUAAUUAGACGCUUCUAAAUAAUUAUUUAGUCGAAACAUUUGGAGCGCAUGAAUUUUCUAUAAUUUUCUAAGAAUUUUAUUUAGAUACAAUUAUUUUUUAGCCGAAUUAUCAUUUUUUGAAAUUAGUAAGAAUUAUUCUUUUUAAACCAAUUGGAAAUUACCCGGAAAAUUGUGAUUGGUUAAUUUUAAAACUCACGCCGAAAUCUUUCUGUCGAUUAUUUUUUCGGACCAUUGAUUUUUAUCGGAAAUUCAUGCACCCGGAUAUUUUCAACAACAAUUUUUUUUUACUAUUUGCAAAAUAAUUUCCUGCAUAUGCAAAUAACAAAAGUUCAAUUUUAAAAUAUUAUUUUACUUCUUAUUCCACUUUUCAUAUAGAAAUAUCAAAUCUUAAAAAAUUAGGAUUGAAAUUUUUUUGUAAAAAAAAGAGAAAAAAGAAAGCGAAGAAAAGUGCUAUUUGUUAUAAAAAAUGUGAAGUUCGCGUCGUGGCGCCCACUGCGAAGAAAAACAAGAGUAAUUUGGUGCAAAGAAAAAUGUCAGUUUUAUCUCUCGAUUGAAUCGAGAUUUAUCUGUCGUUUUUUUUCCUUCUUCAAUAUCCAGUGUGUCCCAGUUAGAAAUUUUUUAGGCUCAAUAUUAAGAUCUCAUUCUCACGUGUAUAUACAAAAUUAUUAAUGCUUGCGAUGAAAAUUAAGUAUAUAGAAAAUAAGGCAUAAAUAAUAAAUUAUGCCAAUAUAUAUAUAUACAUUUAGGUAGCAGAAUCUCGUAAGUUUUUUCCACAAAAUAUUGUUGAGUGUAAUUUAAAAAUGCGCGUGAAUUUUUUUUUCACUCUUUGUAUAUUAUAACAUUUUUCAAUUAGAAUUCAAAGUAUAAAUAUUAAUUUUUUAAAAAAAGAUUUCAUAUUAGAGAAUUCGAUAAUUAUGAUAUCGAUAAAUUGAUCUCCGAUUGCGAAAAUAAUUUUCCCAUUGAUCUCACUAAUAAAUAAAAAAAGAAAGCAGUCAAAAGAGACAAAUUUCUCGAAUUGUGAAAAACUUUUCUCAUUCGUAUAAGAAUCAAGUAACAUUUUCCAUUGGACAUUGAACACGAAUUCGAAAAAAUCGACGCGAUGAAAAUAAAAAUUGACCUAAAUUGAAUUGCGAAAAAUGUACAGGAUGUGUUUGUCGAAGAAUUUGAGACACCAAAGAAAAAGUAAAGCAUAUUGCACAUUGUGUUCCUUUUGUUGAGCAGAAAGAGCCUUAAAAUGUCAUGUUUUAGGUUCUGAAAACUAUCUUUUAUGAGGAAGUUUCGCUCUUGCACUGUAUGCGACUUUUAUCGAAAAUCUUAUACUGAUGCUGAAUUUAUACUAUAUUAUAUAUGUUAGAGUAAAAGAUUCUGUUAUGUUCGAAAAGAACUUCCUUUUUCAAUUUCCAAAUUUAUUUUACAAUGUAAAUUUAUAGCAAAAAGGACAUUGUAAAUUCUAAUGAUGACUCAUUCUGAAAAUGAUAAUAAUAAAAUGAACAAAUAUUGAAAUAGUAAAUUUCAACAAAAUUCAAAUAGUCAAAUAAUAAAAAAAAUAAAAUAAAUAAAAUAGCAAAUACAAUUUUUUAAAAAUUAAAAAUACAGUAAAAGUAUAAAAAAAAUUUAAAUUGCUAUUUUCUGUAUUUCUAUUUAAUUUGUUCUUUUUAUUAAAUUAUAUCAUCCUUUUUGAUAAAAACUAUUUAUAAGUUUUGAAAUUUUAUAAAUAAAACUAAAUUUAUUACUGUAAAUAAAUAUAUUUAUAUAUAAAUCGAAAAAAAUAUUAUUGCAAGAAAAACAGAAUCUUUUUAUAAUGUAUUUGCGUCUACCUAAAUAUAUAUGUAUUCUAUAUAUUAAUUCGAAAAGUGACGUAUAAGUACGUCUUUAAAUUUUUUUCCAUUAGUGAUGUCACGCGAGCGAUAGAAAAAAAAAUCGAAACAAAUUGUGUGGGUGUCGACGCUGCGCGAUGUUAAUAUUUUACCUCCGUCAUCAAUGACGCAUCUUUUUCUCACUUUAAAAAAAAAAAACAAAAACAUAUUUCGUGGAUUUCAAAGAAAUCCUACACUGUGCAAAAAACCGGAAAUAGUUUUAAAAAAAUGGUAAAUCGUUAAUUAAAAAUACAAAUUUUUAAUAAUAAUUUCACAUUGAAAUGAAGAUACAAAAAAACAGAAAAAAAUAAAAAAAAUUUAGAAAAAAUAAAAUAAGUUUUAGGCAGAUAUUUAAAAUGAUUAACGAUUUACAAUUUUGAAAGAGACAAAAGAUUUUAAAAAAUCAUUUUUUUCCGGUAAAACUUAGAUUAAAUGUAUAAGAGAGUAUGUAUAAGAAAAUGAAUAAGAUCAAAGUGUGUAGUGUUGUUAUAGAAAAAAAGCAAAAGUUUUCUUAUAUCGUGAAUUUUAGUUUAAUUCGUAUUAUAAAAAUUUGUAUAUAUGUACAUUGUGUAUAAUAUUCUAUAGUGAACUAAUAUAUCAGACGCAUAUUUAAUAAAUCAGAUUCAUU